AUGAAAAAGUUACGGGAUGUUGCUAGUGUUAAAGAGAAGAAGACCGUUGUUGCUAUUUCAAAGGAAAAAAAAAAGGAAUUUGUAAAAAGAGACCCAUUACCAAAGGGUAUGAAAUACGUGAUCAAAACUGUUCCGCAUCAUCCUUUGAGGUUUGGUAUUUCGUUCAGCCGUAACUUUGCGAUUGAUGUUGAGUACUUUGUGGGUAAAAAAGUGCUAAAUAUGUUUAAGGAGACAUGCUUUGGUGUGUUUGUUCAUAUGCCUAAAUCAAAUUUUCAAGGUCAAAUAACCAAAUGUUUAUUGAUGCUUGAGUGUAAACAAGAUAACCCAAAUGAAUUCCAUGUUUAUGUCAAGGGAACAGUUCUGAAAUUUAUGAUUUUUGAAUUUGCUCUCAUUAGUGGUCUGAAUUGCGCCUCAAACAUUGAGAACUUUCAGUAUCCGAGUUUAGAUGGCUCUGUUUUAAUGACAAAAUAUUUUUCAGUGAUAGAAUUCAAUAAGAUAGAGAAUGGUCGAUAUGAACAAUAUCCAUGGGGAAAGAUUGCUUUCAACAAGUUGAUGAACUCGUUGAGACAGGACUUUUUCGUUGAAAAGCAGCUUUAUCGCUUAGGAGGAAUGCCACAUGUUCUCAACGUCUGGAUGUACAAAUAUUGUUCUGAAGUAGAUAAAGGCAUUACUUGUCGUAUUGGUAAUCGUAUCCCAAGGAUAUGUAACUGGUUUGUUGUUGGAACAAAACCUAAAUUCAAAAAGUCCAUGAAUAGAAUGUUUAGAAAGCCAAAUCAUGAUGAAAUGGAUUUGAAAGAUUCUGUCAAUUCAACUUUGCCAUUCACAUCUUGUAGACAGCCGAUAAAAGUUGAUCAGAAAGCUAAAAUGACAAUUGGCUCAUUACUUUUGGAUGAUUUUGAUGAUUUUACUAUCCCACCACAGCUCGAACUAUUAACUAGGUCAAAGUCCAAGUCUAAUAUAUCAUUAGCACCACCUUCAAAAAGAAGAAAGACAAACGCUGAGCGAAAAGAAUCGGUGACAGAUCAAGAAAAAAUUAAAGUUCAGCCUUCUGUUGAAGAAGUCAAUGAAUCACCUUCUGGCACAUCAAACAAAAUUACUGACCUAAUCAAUGAAGAAGCUCCACAUGAACCAUCUCUAAUAGAUUUCAACGAACGGACACCACCAGUUGACAAAAGAUUUGAUGACAUUGAAGCAUUAAUGAAAAAACAUCAUGAAGAAAUGAAAAAACAACAUGAAGAAAUGAUGUUAGCUGUGAAGGAGAAGCAUGAUGCUCCACAAAAAGUUGUUAUUGAAAUUGAUAGUUCAAAUAAAGAAAUGAAAAAUAAUGACACACAUAGUGAUGAUUUAGGAACUCCGAAAGAACAUCCAAAGGAUAAUAAUGAUGGAAAUGCUGUAUAUACUGGAGAACACAAGCAGGAUGAAAAUUCAUCAACUGAGUCUUCUCACAAAUUCAAUUUUGAUGAUACGGCUAUUUGGAGACAGACUAUUGAAGUUCAAAAUGUACAAAAG